AUGGCCACCUGUGGGCACGAAUGGUGCGAACCUUGUCUAACCGAACUACUCCCAAAUGGACCUCUGUAUUGCAAGACUUGCAAAAAGGUCGUAAAGCUGGUUCUCCCAGAAGACGACUCAAAUAACGCACAAGGGGAGGCCGCCGUAGCUUUCCACGAACCGACAAGCGCACCAGCCGCCGAUAAGAUGCCGCAAGUCGACCAGAACGAUGACCAAGACGUUGACGUCAGUAAACCACCAGCCAAGCGACGAGGUCGCCCCAGAGGAAGCUCCCUAACGUUGGUUUGGCAGCAGGUCGACCGCGACGCAGUGUAUACAAGGACAUGA